GAAGAAACGCGUGCUUCAACGACACGCCAUGCUUUUGUAGUGCAGCUCACACACGGGACAUUACGUUGGCAAGCGUGCGACUUAACCUGUCAAGUUAGAGAGUAUAGCAUCAUCAUCGGUUGGAUCGUCAUCGUCCAUCUCUUUGCCGUCUCCGCUUCGUAGCGAGCGGUUCGUGCGGACGGUAGUGUAAGUGUAGCUUAGGACUGGAUCCCCAGAUCCCCGACAAGUCUUCGCGUCCUCGAGUACACCCAUUUAGGCCUAUCAAGCGUAUAAUAUAUAUUCUCCGCGAAACGUCCUCGGCCUGACGGCCUCCUCCUCGGCUCGCACCAGUUCAAUUGUGUAGUGUGUAAGUGUGUGUGUGUGUAGGUAGAGCAGAACUCUCCCUCUUUCUCGCUCGGUCUUUAUCGUGUGUGCGUGUCGCAACAGCCCAGCAAGAGCUAAAUACCUUAAACACCUACCUAGUUGGGUUGUAUAGUUAUACACGCGCUGUAAAUUAAAAGCGUCAAUCAUCAACAGAGAAGGCAGUCUGCUCAAGAUAAUCGACAUUUAGUGCGUGGUUAUGUACUACAGCUGAGGUGGAAGGUACUACGUUCGUGCCAGAUCACGCUUUGUUCGUUGUUCUCCUGCUCUCUCCUCUUGCGUGAGCGUCCUUGUCUUCUUCGUGGCGAAGGCCAAGGAUUGUUCGUGCACUUGCAAUAGAAUCGUCGUCGUCGUCGUCAUAGCAAAACCAUCGUAGGCAGAAAAAAAAUUUUAAGUGCAAGCAAGAAGAAGAGCAUCAUCGUCCGGUCGCUGUCCAGGUCUGGUUGUCGCUUAUGCGUCGGUGAAAGCGUUGCCUCGUCCUCUGGCAGGAAAAAUACUGGCAUAGCGUAGACUCGAGUGUACAUAAACAAAGAAAAAAUUACGCUUUACGAUGUCUGGGUACAGACAAAACACCAAUCAUGGUCCACCUGGGCUCAAACAAAUUGAUUUGGACCAAAUUUGGGGCGACCUCGAAGAAGGUAUCAAGCAGGUGUACAACAGGCAAGGCAUGUUCAAGCAGCGAUACAUGGAACUGUACACACACGUGUAUAACUACUGCACAAGUGUGCAUCAACAAUCAAAUUCGAGGCAGAAUCAGAAAGGUAAAAAAGGCAUCGUGACUGGUGGUGCACAAUUGGUUGGUUUGGAGCUGUACAAGCGAUUACGCGAUUUCCUUCGGAAUUACCUGAUUGAAUUGUACAAGCAAGGAAUUGAUCUUAUGGAUGAAGACGUUCUUAAAUUUUACACAAAGCAGUGGGAUGAGUACCAGUUUAGUAGCAAGGUGCUGAACGGCGUUUGUUCCUAUCUGAAUCGCCACUGGGUGAGGCGGGAAUGUGAAGAAGGACGUAAGGGAAUUUUCGAAAUAUACCAGUUGGCAUUGGUCAUAUGGAGAGAUAAUUUGUUCAAGCACUUGAACAAACAGGUUACCAAUGCUGUGUUAAAAUUAAUUGAACGCGAAAGAAAUGGCGAAACGAUAAACACACGUUUAGUUAGUGGAGUUAUUAAUUGUUAUGUAGAAUUAGGCCUAAACGAAGAAGAUCCCGGUGCUAAAGGUCAAACUCUGAGCGUGUACAAAGAAUCAUUUGAAAACCAAUUUCUCGAUGAUACAAAAAGAUUUUAUACUCGUGAAAGUGGGGAAUUUCUACGCCACAACCCAGUCACAGAGUAUAUGAAAAAAGUUGAGCUUAGGUUACAAGAAGAACAAAAACGUGUUCAAGUAUACUUACAUCAAACAACGCACGAAAGACUUGCCAAAACGUGCGAAAAAGUGCUUAUUGAGAAACAUCUUGAUAUUUUCCAUGCAGAGUUUCAAAAUUUGUUGGAUACAGAUAAAAAUGUUGACUUGGGAAGAAUGUAUCAGUUAGUCGCAAGGAUACCAAAUGGUCUUGGCGAACUAAAAAAUCUCCUUGAAAGUCACAUUUACAACCAAGGUCUUGCAGCUAUUGACAAAUGCGGUGAUACUGCAGCUAACGAUCCUAAGAUUUACGUCAACACUAUUUUGGAAGUUCACAAGAAAUAUAAUGCUCUAGUACUAAUUGCAUUUAACAAUGACAGUGGUUUCGUGGCAGCUUUGGACAAAGCUUGUGGACGGUUUAUAAAUAAUAACUCUGUAACUAAAACGGCGAACACUAGUAGUAAGUCCCCAGAAUUGUUAGCUAAGUACUGUGACGUGUUGCUCAAAAAAAGUAGCAAAAACCCUGAAGAAGCAGAACUCGAGGAUACUCUCAAUCAAGUUAUGGUAGUAUUCAAAUACAUUGAAGAUAAAGAUGUGUACCAAAAAUUCUACAGUAAAAUGUUGGCCAAAAGAUUGGUGUCUCACAUGUCUGCGAGUGAUGAUGCAGAGGCUUCCAUGAUAUCAAAACUAAAGCAGGCGUGUGGUUUCGAGUACACAUCUAAACUUCAGAGAAUGUUUCAGGAUAUUGGAGUUUCAAAGGAUUUAAAUGAUCACUUCCGAAAACAUCUUGUGAAAUCAUGUGAACCCUUGGAUAUUGAUUUCAGUAUACAGGUUUUAUCAUCUGGUUCAUGGCCGUUCCAACAUUCCUUUAGUUUUUCAUUACCAACAGAGCUCGAACGAUCCGUUCAUAGAUUCACAACUUUCUACAGUUCACAGCACAGUGGCAGAAAACUAAAUUGGUUGUAUAGUAUGUCAAAGGGUGAACUUCAUGCCAACUGCUUUAAAAAUAAAUAUACACUGCAAGCAUCAACCUAUCAAAUGGCAGUUCUUUUACAAUACAACACUGCAACGUCUUGGACAAUUCAACAGCUUCAUGAAUCAACUCAAAUAAAAAUGGACUACUUGCUACAAGUUGUGCAAAUUUUAGUUAAAGCUAAACUACUAGUAACAAACGACGAUGAGGCUGAGUUGAGUCCAUCCACAACAGUAGAUCUUUACUUUGGGUAUAAAAAUAAAAAAUUGAGGGUAAACAUCAAUAUGCCCUUAAAGACAGAGCUUAAAGUUGAACAAGAAGCAACGCAUAAACACAUAGAAAGUGAUCGAAAAAUCCUUAUACAAGCGGCAAUCGUAAGAAUUAUGAAAAUGCGUAAAACUUUGAAACACGCGCAACUUGUCGCUGAAGUACUAAAUCAAUUGAACUCCAGAUUUAAGCCUCGAGUGCAACUUAUCAAGAGGUGUAUAGAUGGUUUAAUCGAAAAAGAGUAUCUAGAGCGUGUAGAGGGACAAAAAGAUACUUACAACUAUCUAGCGUGAUCUUCUGAUCCGAAACCACGCCGAAAGUCGUGAACGUAAAGAUAACGAUCAGAUGCUACGGUUGUUAUGCUCGCGUCUAAAUAUUUAUCUACAUCUCUGAUUUGAUUUCCUAUCCAAGGAUGCCUUCGCGCAGUGUUAUCCCUCUGAUCGCAUUUAGAAUACUGGUUAUUAUAUGUUAAAUUGAAAUUACUUAUACAGUCACGUCGUAAGUGAAAGUUCAGUUGUUUUUUUUUCUCAUCCAACACAAGUGAUACUUAUUAUGCUCAAUGACUUUACAUUCAUCGAAUCAUCUGAACUGAACUCUCAGUCGUAAAAUUGUUGGCUUGUGCAUCUAUAUCGUUUACCCACACGUCAUUUUUAAAUAUACGUUUUACCUCUUGAUAUAUAAAUGUAUUAGUAACUUACUCAUUAGUGAAUUGUUUUAUUUAAGAAAUUUAAAAAAAUGGGAGCUUCAUGGCGAAUUGUAUGAAACGAUAAAAAAAAUCGACGUGACUUUAAUUAAGGCUGUAAUUACUGUAUAAAGUCUCAUUUGAAAGAGAAGUUCAUUAUCUAUUCUUACAUUUAUAAUUCAUAACUUGUCUUAAAUGGUAAUGUAAUUUAUGACAUUAGAUAUUAUAAAAUAAGCAUAUUAAAAUUACAAAAUUUUUUAAACUA